AUGGAGCAUCGGUCAUCAUUCAAAGAUUUCAUUGCGUUUUUGGGAUCGAUACGCGGGGAUAUCGCCAAUAUCACUGCCCCUCCGUUCUUCCUAGCACCUCUGUCGGUGGUUGAGCUCCCUUCGUGCUGGACAGAACGCCCUUCGCUCUUCAUAGCACCGACACUAGAAUCUGAUCCUCAAAACCGUGCAUUACGUGUGCUGGAAUGGAUUCUAUGUUCGCUCAAAUCGCAAUUCUACAUUGGACAGGAUGUAAAAGUUGGCAUGCGGAAACCACUGAAUGCGUUCUUGGGGGAAUUGUUUUUUGGCCAGUGGACCGAUGAGGCAUCAGCAGUGAGGAUGAUCUCAGAGCAAGUUAGUCAUCAUCCUCCCAUCACAGCUUGCUAUAUGUGGGACGAUCAACAUGGCAUUCGGGGCAUCGGGUAUACUCGGGUAGAGAUGACUUUCACAGGCUCUCUGAAUGUCAAGCAAACUGGUCACGCUAUUUUGCAUCUCGACAGGCACGACGAGGACUACCUGAUACCAUUUCCGCCAUGCAAAGUGAAAGGAUUUCUAUCAGGCAAGCUAUAUCCUGAGCUUUAUGGCACAUGCCACAUCAUUUCAUCUGCUGGGUUUGUCUCUGAGAUCACUUUCUCCGGCCAAGGCUUCUUUUCCGGCACCAGAAACCACUUCAGAGCCAAGACGUAUCGAGCGGCAGACGAAAACAAAACCCCCAUAUACCUCGCCAGCGGACAAUGGAGUGAUAAUUUCACUAUACGGAACGCCAAUGACGAGAACGACGUCGUGACUUGUGUCGUGGAUCCGUCCUCUGCGGCGCCGCUUCAGAUGGUUGAUAUCAGCAACCAGGAUCCCUGGGAGUCCCGGAACACAUGGAAGCACGUCAUUGCCGCCUUGAAAGAAGGUGACAUCCAGAAAGUGGUGAGAGAGAAGACAAAACUCGAGGAAGCACAGAGAGCAAUGAGAAAGAAAGAGUCAGCUGAGGGUGCCGUGUGGGAGCCAAAGUUCUUCUCUUCGAUUCAAUCAGACCCCACAUUUGAAAGACUUGCUGCAACUACAGGGUGGCAGCUCCAUGCCGAGAGAACAAAAGGCAUAUGGCGGUUCGACCAUGAAAAGGCAGGAAAAGCAACGAAGCCAUACCGUGGCAAUUAUACACCGUUCGGAUGA